UUUUUCUCUUCCUUCUUCUCGCCUCCCCUUCGCCCUCCCUUCGCCCUCGGCCUGCUCCCUCGCCGCCCUUUCGCCGGAAUUCGCACUCGCCUCGCCUCCUGCCCCGGGGAUUCAGGCUUUUAAGCGGGUUUUUGGCGUUUUUUGCUCCUUCCCCCCCCCUUGGCUAGAGAAAGAGGGAGAGGGAGAACGGCCGAUAAAGAGGGAGAGGGAGAACGGCCGAUAAGGAGGGGGAAUAGGUCAGGAAACAGGAGGAGAAAGGUGGUGAUUCCUUUGGUUAGGCUUGGGAAGAGGAAGUACACAAUGAGUUUUGAGUCGUCUAGCAGCCCCAGCUCAGCGCUCCCCGAUGGGGAAACGCGAACAAACCUUAUCAUCAACUACCUGCCACAGACUCUCACCGACCAAGAGUUUUACAAGAUAUUUGUUGUUGUCGGGCCCAUCAAAAACUGCCGCAUUAUGAAGGAUUUAAAGCAGACUGGCUACUCCUUCGGGUUCGGCUUCGUGGAGUACCAGAAGCCCGAGGACGCUGCCAAGGCCAUCCUGCAGUUGAACAACCUCCCCGUGCAGCACAAACGCAUCAAGGUCUCCUACGCCCGGCCCCCUGGCGAGGACAUCAAGGAAACCAACCUCUACAUUCAGAAUAUUCCCAGAAAGGAAACAGACUCCAAGGAAACAAACCUUUACAUUGCGAAUGUUCCAAGAUCAUACACAUUAGACCAGUUAGAGGAACUGUUCUCUUCAUAUGGCCAGAUUGUCCAGAAGAAUUUGCUGAAGGACAAGGUCACAGGACUUCCACGUGGCGUUGGAUUUGUGAGGUUUGAUAAGAAGUCUCAGGCAGAAGCGGCGAUUGUGGGCAUGAAUGGCGUUGUUCCUGAGGGCGGGACUGAGCCCCUAGUGGUUAAGGUAGCAGAGGAGCACGGCAAAAUGAAGGCCGCCUACUACGCUGGUUACCAUGCUGGCCUCAGCACCACGAGAGGUGGCGGCGGUGUCGGUCGAGGGCGUGGUAACUACAACAACCGAGGGGGAGGUGGUGGUGGCUACCAGGGACGAGGGAACUACAAUAAUAUGCAGGGUGGUAAGAUAGCCCCGGACCGAACCGCCAACCGCUACAACCCGAUCGGCAGCGGCGGCGGCUAUGGCGGUGGGUACGGAGGUGGGUAUGGCAGUGGCGGGAGUUCUUUGGGCUACUCCAAUGAUGCGGCUGGCCAAUCCUCGUUCUACAGUUUCUCCACGCCUUCCUUCAGUGGGGGAAAUUACACAUCGUUCUCCGGCAUGAGUAAUAACUCUGGUGGCGGGGGCUAUAGUAGGUACUGAAGCCCAGCCCCGUGUUAAACAACAACAACAACAACAACAACAGCAACAACAACAACAACUAAACGUGUUUCUAUGAGUGACAAGGAAAAGCAACAAAAAAAAAAAACACAAAAAAAAAAAGAAUGGCUUUCACGCGGGGAGCUCUUUCAAUGAAUAACAAACAAACAAAAAAAAAAAGGCAAAAAAAAUACAAAAAAAUAAGUAAGGAUUAAGUAACACGAUGAAAGAUUAAAACAAAACAAAUAAGGAAUUACACAAAGCAAUUUCAUGUUUUUUGUAGAUGGAAAUACCAAACUAAACGAGGAAAAAUACACAGAGCUAUCAACCUAUAACCAUGGUUUUUAGAGAAAGUUUUUAUCAUCUUAUUUUUGUUGUAAGAGUGUAUUAUGUAUUCUAUCAAGUCAUUGUUGGUCAUUUUUCCCACGCAAGAAGUGGCAUCGUGCAUAAACCUUCUUAAGAUGUUGCAUCGAUGGCUACAAAAACUAGUUUAAAACUAAACAAAAAAAAAAAAAAGUUAAGAUGAUAUUGUUUAUACCAUGAAAUAUUCAGGCUUUAUUGUCAUUUCCAGAAAAAAAUGUGCUAUGCAUUUUAAAUGCUUAGAUCUCUGGUGUAGUUGUCUUCAGAAAUUAUUUUCCUUUUCUGUUUAUUGCACUUUAAAAAAUUUUGAGCUCUGUUUGUAUUUUAGUAGAAACUGGAAGUCCAUUAUUAUAAUAAAUAAUUUUUUUAAAGAAUAUGAUUUUCCAAAAUCCUAAAAUGAGUUAUAUUUUUUUCUUUGAAGUAAAAGCAAUGCUGAAUGUCACUCAAUUGAGAGAAUUUUUUGCUUUUGAUUUUUCUAGUUUCAUUUUCUUGUUUUAUGUUUCUGUGUGACUAGUGACAGGAAUUGAUGCCACAGCCAGGACUCUGCCUUUUGCACCGAAGGGCAGGCGGUUUUUUUCGUUUUGUUUUUAUCUUUUCCGAUGACUUCGUUUGAUUUUUUUGUGAAUAUAUUAACCAACGAAAAUGUCGGACGAGUGUUCUUCAUUAAGUAUUUUAUUCUACUGUGGAUUUCCCUGCGGCAGACACACACGCCCCUGUUGUUGUCACCGCAGUAGCUAGAUGAUGUCAUUCAUGAUGGUUAUUAUGCUGUAGUAUUAUUCAUAUAACCUAUAAUUACAUAAUUGAUGGUUUCAUGUAUCUUUUUCCAUAUAUUGUGUUCUUUGAUGCUUGAGAAAUAAAAAAAUAAAAAAAAAAUUGAUUUUUUUGGUACAAUAAGGUGUUCUCUAAGUUUUUUCAUUAAAAGUGUUGGACUGAUUAUUUUCUUCAUAAUGUUAUAUUGGUCGGUAGCAACCAUACCUGAACAUAUUGUAAGAUUUUUUUUGUUCUCGAUGAAAAAAAAACUCAACAAAUGUUUUGUACAGUGCAACAUUAUUUUUGCUCACACUGUAAUAAGUUACUUGACAGAUAUAUUUAAUAAAGUGAAACUAUCAA